CGCGGGCGAGGCUGCUGGGAACCGCGUGGGGCUCCUGCAAGUCAGCAUCCCCGCCUGCCACGUCCUGCCAAGCGACCCUGGAGUGCAUGUUCUGAUGCCAGCCCAGCUGCCACAGGGGCUCCCACUAGGAGACUGAACGGGUCAGCUGUGGGGCCCAGGCUGAGGCCAACCAACCCUUAGCCUUAGGCCAGGGAAAUGACCUCCUUCCAGGAGCCCCAGGACCAGGCUCCUGGUCAGGGAGAAGGCCUUCUGAUUGUGAAAGUAGAAGACUCCUCCUGGGAGCAGGAGUCUGCCAAGCAGGAGGAGAGCAGGGACUCAGAGGCCUGCCGUCAGCGCUUUCGUCACUUCUGCUAUGAGGAUGUAGGUGGGCCACACGAGGCUUUCAGCCAGCUCUGGGAGCUGUGCUGUCGCUGGCUGCGACCUGAGCUGCACACCAAGGAGCAGAUCCUGGAGCUGCUGGUGCUGGAGCAGUUCCUGACGGUGCUGCCAGGGGAGAUACAGGCCCAGGUGCAGGGGCAGCACCCAGGAAGUGGUGAGGAAGCUGUCGCCUUGGUGGAGGACCUGCAGAAGCAGCCAGUGAAAACCUGGCCACAGGAUGUGCCCACAGAGGAGGUGGGGCCUGAAGCUGCAGUCCAGGGAUCCCAGGUCCAGAGUCCUCCUCUGACGGUGCGGGUAUGGAGCCAGCCACCUGUACCCCAGGAGCAGCACAGCCGUGCCCAGCUUCCUGCUCAUCUUAAAGAGGGAAGUAGCAGAGAGAGGAUGGAUACCCGCUUUGCCUCUGGGGUCCAGGGAUCUGUGGCAUUUGGUGACAUUCCUUUCUAUUUCUCCCGGGAAGAAUGGGGCUCCCUGGACCCGGCUCAGAGGGAUCUCUUCUGGGACAUAAAGCGGGAGAACUCCCGGAAUGCCACCCUGGGUUUAGGGCUCAAAAGCCAGAGCGAAAGGACCGGGCUAGAGGAGGCGGUGACAACAUUGGUUGGCCAGGCGGGCAGCGAAGUGACUGUGUCCUGGAACCAUGAAGAGGCAGAAGUCUGGGAGAGCGAGAACCAGCCCGGGGCGGCCCUGAGAGGGCUGGUGGGCGCACGGCGGGGGCGGCCACCCACGCGCAAGCGUCAGUUCCAGGACCUGGCUGCGGAGAAGCCGCACAGCUGCGGACAGUGCGGGAAGCGCUUCCGCUGGGGCUCGGACCUGGCACGGCACCAGCGCACCCACACUGGCGAGAAGCCACACAAGUGCUCCGAAUGUGACAAGAGCUUCCGCAGCUCGUCGGACCUGGUGCGCCACCAGGGUGUGCACACUGGCGAGAAGCCCUUCUCCUGCUCCGAGUGCGGCAAGAGCUUCAGCCGCAGCGCCUACCUGGCGGACCACCAGCGCAUCCACACCGGCGAGAAGCCCUUCGGCUGCAGUGACUGUGGCAAGAGCUUCUCGCUGCGCUCCUACCUGCUGGACCACCGGCGUGUGCACACCGGCGAGCGGCCGUUUGGCUGUGGUGAGUGCGACAAGAGCUUCAAGCAGCGCGCGCACCUCAUCGCCCACCAGAGCCUCCACGCUAAGAUGGCCCAGCCUGUGGGCUGACCUGCCAGUGGGGACCCAAUGUCACCCAGCGAGGCGGGUGCUCAUCCUCUUUCGAGCUCCUGGGGGAUUCUCCACCCAUCUUGCACCACUGCCUGGCCUACCUGCUGGAGGUACCCCAGGGCACCCCACUCAGAACUGGCCUGCCUGUACCCAGGAUCUGUCCUGCCCUCGGGGGAGUGGAAAUUCCCCCGCCCCCCACACACCUUACCUCCUCCUUUCUUGCUGCGAGUUUCUCUGCCACCCUAGUUUCUGGAAGCAUCAGCACUUUCCUGGGUGGGACUGCAGGUGGUGUGAAGACUCAGGCAGGGCCUAGAGUUUCUUCCCAGCACCCCUCAGUCUUGCCCCACUGGAGGCUCUUUGUUCCUUGCCUUUUCGGGUGAGUUGGUGGCCAGGCCCUCUGCCCUGACAACCUGUGCCUUUCAGUGAGGGAGGAGGACUGGCCUCGGAGCCCCUGCAGAGGGCUGCUGGGCUUUGGGAGGGACAGUGGGGCCACAGCUAUGAGAGUCUGGGUCCUUGGUGUGGCCAAAGGGGCUUUCUGCCUUUCCUUGCCCCGCACUUCCAGGCCAUGACCGUUCUGUCCUGCCCUUGCCAUGGGGAGCUGUUCGCCUUUGCUCGACAGAUUGCUGUGCCAUGAGCCUCCAAGAGCCACCUACCUUCCAGUGUGCAGUUGGAGGUGGCAGUAAUGGCAGGAGGGCAGCCCUAGAGAGCAGCUUCUCCAGAGGUGUGGCCUUUGUUGUACUUGACACUAGCACUCCAUAGCACUCUGUUGCUGACUGCGAAUACUGAAUUCCAGGUUUCUGUCUGCAUCGAAGACUUUCAUCACCAGGACCUUCAAAAGGGCUCAGCCCAGCAGGCCUCAGAAGGGUUUGAAUAAACUUGGAAACUUCCC